UACUAUUUCAUGAUGUCAACUAACUUAAACUGUGAAACCUCCGUCUCUCUUCGCUUUCUCUCCACAAACUCAAUCUCUGCUCUGUGUGUGUAAAAUGCUGACGAAUUCGUGGGAUUACUGGGUCGAAGAGGCUCUUUCGAGACUUGAAUCACUAAAGGUCCUUCGAUCUCUCAGACCCAUUUCACUCCCCAGGCUUGAAUUAAAACCAUUUGAGAACGAAGUGAAGAAGUUUGUUGAUUCCGAGGAGUUUCAAACUUUUGAUGGAUUGCGUUCAUGGGAUCGAGCCUCCGUGGAGGUUGAGAUUGCAGAACCCACAUUUCAGAAGUGGAUAGACGACGUUCCUAGUUCUGGAGAUGAAGUUAUUAGUAGAGAUGACAAUGUGGAUGUACACCCUGGGGCCAGCCCUCAGCGAUCCAAGAAGUUACUUCUUUUCUCUGGAAAUGAUUACCUGGGCUUGAGUUCUCAUCCGACUGUUCGGAAGGCUGCUGCAAAGGCAGCCCAAGAACAUGGAAUGGGCCCAAGAGGCUCUGCUUUGAUAUGUGGGUACACCAAUUACCAUAGGCUACUAGAGUCAUGCUUGGCAGAUUUGAAGAAGAAAGAGGAUUGCCUUCUCUGCCCUACAGGCUUUGCAGCCAACAUGGCUGUAAUGGUUACAAUUGGGAGUGUUGGUUCUCUCCUAGCUUCUGGCAGGAAACCAUUGAAGGAUGAAAGGGUAGCCAUCUUUUCUGAUGCUCUGAAUCAUGCAUCUAUUAUUGAUGGUAUUCGUCUAGCUGAGCGGCAAGGAGGUGUUGAGGUCUUUGUGUAUAGACAUUGUGACAUGUCCCAUCUUGAUGCUCUUUUAUCAAGUUGCUUGAUAAAGAAAAAAGUUGUUGUGAGUGAUAGCUUGUUUAGUAUGGAUGGAGAUUUUGCACCAAUGGUCAAGCUUGCAGAGCUUCGCAAGAGGCAUGGAUUUUUAUUAGUUCUCGAUGAUGCUCAUGGAUCAUUAGUUUGUGGUGAGAAUGGCGGGGGAGUGACUGAGGAGUUUAACUGUGAAAGUGAUGUUGAUAUAUGCAUAGGAACUCUUAGUAAAGCCGCGGGUUGCCAUGGUGGAUUUGUUACUUGCAGCAAAAAGUGGAAGCAUCUCUUACAAUCGAAGGGUCGUUCUUUCAUAUUUUCAACUGCUUCACCAGUUCCUGUUGUUGCUGCUGCACAUGCUGCUGUUAUUGUGGCUAAAAAGGAGAAGUGGCGUAGAAAGGCAAUUUGGAGCCGUGUGCAAGACUUUCGCACUCUGACUGGACUUCCCAUUACAAGUCCUAUCAUUUCUCUCAUUGUUGGGAGUGAAGAGAAGGCCCUUCAUGCGAGCAGGUCUAUGCUUAAAUAUGGUUUCCAUGUAACGGCGAUUAGACCUCCCACAGUGCCUCCAAACUCAUGCAGGCUACGGGUAACACUUAGUGCAGCACAUACCACAGAUGAUUUGAAGCAGUUCACAGCGGCACUCUCCCACUGCAUCAGCUUACCAAAAAUUUAUGCCACAAAAUUCGAUGGACAUGCAAGACUCUAAAAUGUGAUGUUUUCUGAUAGAAGAGUGAAGUCUCUCCACAGAAUUAUCUUAAAUUAAUUUUGAUUGCUUUGAAUGAAAUAUGUUCCAUCCAAAGAAGAUUGGUCUAUUUUAAAUUUAUGAGG